CCGCUGUCGUGCCAGUUGACUCGGUGCCCGCUGUCGAGCUUGGUGACUCGGUGCCCGCUGUUCUGCCAGAUGACUCGGUGCCCGCUGUCGAGCCUGUUGACUCAGUGCCCGCUGUCGAGCUUGGUGACUCGGUGCCCGCUGUUCUGCCAGAUGACUCGGUGCCCGCUGUUCUGCCAGAUGACUCGGUGCCCGCUGUCGAGCUUGGUGACUCGGUGCCCGUUGUCGUGCCAGUUGACCCGGUGCCCGCUGUUGUGCCAGUUGACUCGGUGCCCGCUGUUGUGCCAGUUGACUCGGUGCCCGCUGUUGUGCCAG